AUGAGCAAGACGGCGAAACUCCCCUCCUCCCCCGUGAACACCUUGAGUUCGCACACGGGGCCCAUAAAUGCCAUCGCCUUCUCCUCUCAAACCGGAACGUACAUCCUGACCGGGUCGUCUGAUCGACAGAUUCAUCUUUCGCGAACCGAGCCCGCGGACCCCGACAAGCCCUCCGCAGGGCCGAUCCAGAAAUAUGUCGCGCACGGGUAUCCCAUUCUGGACAUCACGGUAUCCCAAGACAAUCAGACCUUUGCCAGCGUCGGUGGAGACCGCAGCGUCUUCCUCUGGGACGUGGCGAGCGGUGCAGAGGGAACUACCAGACGGUUCGGAAGUAACACCAAUCAAGGGCACAGCAGUCGGAUAAACUGUGUCGCAUUUGCCGGAGACAGCGACAGUGUGAUUGCGAGCGGAAGCGACGAUACCUCGGUUCGGCUGUGGGACGUCAAGAGCCGGGAUGCGAAGCCCCUGAUGAUUCUCGAGGAGGCGAAAGACGGCAUAUCUAGCAUCGUGGUGCCCGGGAAUGGAUACGAAUUGGUCGCGGGCAGUGUGGACGGGAGAGUCAGGAGUUACGAUAUCAGAAUGGGCAGGGUGACGGCCGACGUGAUGCCUGGGCCGGUGACGAGCCUGGACAUAUCGAGGGAUGCAAAGACUAUCCUUGUCGGCUGUCUCGACGGGCGGAUCAGGAUGAUGGACCGCGCGGACGGGACCUGUCUGAGAGCGUUCCCGGCGCCCGAGGACGAUGCUGAAGGGUACAAAAACACCAGUCUACGGCUCAAGAGCUGCCUUGCGAUCAACGAGAGUCUCGUGCUUAGUGGGAGUGAAGGCGAUGGCAAUGUGAGAGGAUGGGAUGUGCUUUCUGGAAGGAGCGUGGGAACGGUGAGGGUCAGUCCUUCAGGCAAAGUCGUCAGCGUGGUCAAGUGGAGAGAGGGCAGUCAAGCCCAGGGCAGGCAGGGUGUAUGGGCUGGAGGAAGCGCUGACGGACUUGUCAAGGUCUAUAGCACUGGUUGA